GCUGCUGUCGCGGCUCGGCCGCCGCCUGGCCGCCAUGGGCCGGCGGGCGCGGGACCGCCGGCGACAGCAGCAGCAUCCGCGGCAGGAGCGGGGCGGCGGCGGCGGCGCCGGGGACCAGGCGGGCUGGACCGGCGGCUACCCCGAGAUCGUGAAGGAGAACGAGCUGUUCGAGCGGUACUACCGGGAGCUGGGCAUCGUGCCCGCCGGCGAGUGGGACGCGUUCAUGGCGGCGCUGCGGGAGCCGCUGCCCGCCACGCUGCGCAUCACGGGCUACCGCAGCCACGCCAAAGAGAUUCUCCACUGCUUGAAGGAAAAAUACUUCAAGGAGCUGCAGGACCUGGAGGUGGAUGGUCAAAAAGUCGAGAUGCCACAGGCGCUGAGCUGGUAUCCAGAAGAGUUAGCCUGGCACACUAACUUGAGUAGAAAAAUCUUACGCAAGUCCCCACAACUGGAAAAGUUUCAUCAGUUUCUGGUUAGCGAGACAGAGUGUGGAAAUAUCAGUCGUCAAGAGGCUGUUAGUAUGAUCCCACCUCUGCUGCUUAACGUUAGCCCUCAUCAUAAGAUUCUAGAUAUGUGUGCUGCACCUGGAUCUAAGACUGCACAACUCAUUGAAAUGUUGCAUGCUGACAUGAAUGUUCCUUUUCCCAAGGGUUUCGUAAUUGCUAAUGAUGUCGACAACAAGCGCUGCUAUUUGCUGGUUCAUCAGGCUAAGAGAUUAAACAGUCCGUGCAUCAUGGUGGUAAAUCAUGAUGCCUCCAGCAUUCCUAACCUACAAAUAGAUGUUGAUGGAAAAAAAGAGAUCCUCUUCUAUGACAGGAUUUUAUGUGACGUCCCCUGCAGCGGAGAUGGAACCAUGAGGAAAAACAUUGAUGUAUGGAAGAAGUGGACAACACAAAACAGUUUGCAGCUCCAUGGAUUGCAGCUGAGAAUUGCAACCCGUGGUGUUGAACAGCUGGCAGAAGGUGGGAGAAUGGUGUAUUCUACGUGUUCAUUGAAUCCUAUCGAAAAUGAAGCUGUAAUCGCAUCUCUGCUGGAAAAAAGUCAAGGUGCCUUAGAACUUGCUGAUGUCUCUUCUGAGUUACCAGGCUUGAAGAGGAUGCCAGGAAUUACAAAAUGGAAGGUAAUGCUGAAAGAUGGACAGUGGUUUGAAGAGUGGAAAGAUGUGCCUUCGAAUAGACAAACACAAAUACGUCCCACUAUGUUUCCAUUAAAAGAUGAAGAGAAGCUCAAGGCAAUGAAUCUAGAGCGUUGUCUUAGGAUAUUACCACAUCACCAGAACACAGGUGGUUUCUUUGUGGCUGUGUUAAUUAAAAAAUCUCCAAUGCCCUGGAAUAAACGUCAGCCUAAGGUUCAUCAGAAGUUACCGCAAAGAACAGGAGAUACUGAAGUGUCAGCAACUAAUUCAGAUAACGGUUCUGACUGUAUUACUGAAGAACCAAUACUUUCUGAAAAUGAGGAGUCUAAGAAAAUGCAAGGAUUGCAGAAUUCGGACACUGAGCAAAGCAAAAAGGAAGGAGUAUGUGGGCCACCACCAUCUAAAAAAAUGAAGUUGUUUGGUUUUAAAGAAGACCCUUUUGUCUUUCUCCCUGAAGAUGAUCCAUUGUUCCUUCCUAUCGAGAAGUUCUAUGCAUUGGACCCAUCAUUUCCCAAGAUGAAUUUACUGACUCGAACUCAAGAAGGAAAGAAGAGACAGCUGUACAUGGUUUCUAAGGAGCUAAGGAAUGUGCUUCUGAACAACAGUGAGAAGAUGAAGGUUAUUAACACAGGGAUAAAAGUCUGGUCUCGCAACAGUGAUGGUGAACAGUUUGGAUGUGCAUUCCGAUUAGCGCAAGAGGGAAUUUAUACUCUGUACCCAUUCAUUCAUGCGAGGAUUAUAAAUGUCUGCAUAGAAGAUGUUAAAAUUCUGCUAACCCAGGAAAACCCAUUCUUAAGUAAAUUUAGCAGUGAAACACAGAAGAAAGUCAAAGACAUGGCAAUGGGCAGUGUAGUUCUGAAGUAUGACCCCGACCCUGAAAAACCUGAUGAUCUUCAGUGUCCCAUAGUGCUGUGUGGUUGGCAAGGAAAGACGUCACUUCGUGCCUUUGUGCCCAAGAACGAGAGACUUCAUUACCUGAGGAUGAUGGGAGUUGAAGUGUUUAAAGCAAAGAGGAAAGAGGAGGAAUUGGAAAACAAAACUGAGGAACAUAAGCUGGCGCAAACAGAGGAAAGAAUGGAUGUGGAAGAUAAAGAACACGAUUUAGUCACAAAAAUGGAAGCAGAAAUAGGUGAAGAAUCUUCCCAGAGUCCUGUGGAAAGCAGUGCAAUGGAAAUAGAAAAUAAAACUGAGGAUUCAGAUCAAUCUAGUAAAAAUGCCACCACUCACAUAAGCAAAGGCACAGAUACAAGUAAUGUGAAAGAUUAGGUUUUUUAGUAUUGCUUGGCAGCUUCCAUGAGGCUCAAAUCGAGACUUUUGCUUUUAGCAUGAAACUGUAUUUUAAAAUUUCGGUUGGAGUGGAAUGUUCCUCUUUUUGAAGUUACACCUAUUUUAUAUUUUCAAUGAAAGCUAUAAAGAGA